CUUCCACUGACACACCAUGUAAUUUCUGUAGCUUUUCUUUCUUUGUGUGUGUGUGUGUGUUUGUGUUUUCUCGCUCAGGAUCUCCGAGAGGAAUAUGUGGCUCUGCAGAAGAUUUUUUGUCUAUUCUUGAAGGCGAAAAAGAAGAUUUUUCUCCCUUCUUUUUAUUUUUCCCUGGUGUGAUUCCCAAAGAUCCUAAAAUCUCUCCGAUGUGAGGGAGACAUGGAUGGAUGAAAGCAGACCAUCCCUAACCUAUCGUUUCAAGGAUACCAGUGUGAAAAGGGCGCAGGAUUUGUCCUCUACUAGAGGAUAUUCACAGGUAAACAGGACGUGUCGACGCCGCGCUCGGCUCGUUCCAUUCAGAAAGAGCACAGACGGGAUCUUAGGCUUUAGUUUAAGCUAAUUCACCGAUAUGAGACCGGCCGCUACUUGUAUGUAGUUUGGCGAGUUCAAACGCAGCCACACCGCUGGAAUGCACAGCUGGAAUCGCGCACUGUUCUGGUCUCCAGAGACGCACAGGAGAACCGGCCGCCUCAGCCGCUCCGUGCGUGCCAUCUGAGCAGCGGAGCCACCUGUGCAGCUCAUGCGCAGACAGCAGCCAAAAUAACCAUAUGUGCACGCACAGCGGGUGAUUUCAUAAGAAGCUAAACACAAGACUCUUCCCCGGAAGACGGCAAGCAAUAACACGAGACACGAGGCAAUACUUAAAGGUGGUCAUUUCUUCCAAAGCCAAAGAGAGGCGCACACUUCCCACUGCUUCCAUCUCACCCACACUGUGGCUCCUCCGCCCUUUUUUAAACUCAGGUUGUAUAUGAGGAGAAAGUCAGCUCAGUGUUUCUUGUGGAUUCACGCAUGCAACAUUUUGACAGACUUUUGAACUGCACGGUCACUGCCAGCUCUCACAAACUUCACGUCUUCUAUUUCCAGCACAGUUUCCAUCAUCCCCUACCAGCUCAGCUGCAAAUACCAGUCUUCCACUAGAUUUUAUUACCUUUAUCUGGUGCACACAAUCUCAAUAAUGGGACCUGAGGGUGUGCCACAGAAUGUAAAUAGUUGAACAAAGAGGCCGAAACCUGAAACCUGGACUGAUUCCUCCCUCCGGUAACUCUAGAUGCUCAAACACUGAGAGGCUGGACAGCUGAACAGAGCCAGAGAGGUGCCGAAACAAACUGCUGAUGUGAGGGAUUUCCAGGUGCUUAAGAAGGACCAGAGAAACAAGAGGACCCACCCACACCCCCAUCCCUGAGAAAAACAGGGGGAGAAAAAGAAGAGGAGGAGGAGGAGGGUGAGGGCAGACCACACCCAGAGUCCCAGCAGUGUCAGGAAAGAGUCGCCCCCUCUCUCCUCCCAGACUUUUAGUCAUAAUCAGGACGUCUUUGGCAUGUUUGUGCUCUGAGGGUUUCAGGAUCUCUCCUGUCCAUCUGUGUGUGUCCUAUUCUUAGGUGUGUGUGUGUGUGUGUGUGUGUGUGUGUGUGUGUGUGUGUGUGUGUGUGUGUGUGUGUGUGUGUGUGCGCGCGAGUGUGUGUGAGUGUGUGUUGACAGCGUUGAGAGGCACCAUCACUCCUGUUUCCUCUGUCAGGAUGUCUGCAGUGAAAGAGCUGCUGCUGCUGCCUCUGGUCCUCCUGGCUCUUCAAGCAUCGCUGUGCCACGGAGCCUGCGUGGAAGUGGACUCGGACACAGAGGCAGUUGCCCAUGAAGGAUUCAAGCUGGGCUGCAUCUCCUGUAAGAUGAGGGGCGAGGUGCCCGCCAUGGCCGCCGUCAACUGGUACUUCAAAGGUUCAGACGAGAGCGACUUCUCACAUCUGUACAGCUAUGAAGACAAAAAUGGCGAGGUCAUUGACCCACGUUUCUAUGAGCGUCUGGACUGGAACGGCAGCAAGCAGACCAGGGACCUGCAGGACGGCUCCAUCUAUAUCCUCAAUGUGACCUACAAUGACACGGGAACCUACAAAUGCACAUUUAGCAGGAUCCUCAUGUACAGCAACUAUGAGUACCAAACGUCCACCACCAAGUUUAUCAUCAUUAAUGUGGUUCCACGACUCACCAGGGGAAUGGCAUCCAUCUUGUCUGAGGUGAUGAUGUAUGUCUCCAUCAUCGGGCUGCAGUUCUGGUUGGUGGUCGAGAUGAUUUACUGCUACAGGAAGAUCUCGGCAGCAGGAGAGGAAGCUCUGAGAGAGAGCGCGGAGGAGUAUUUAGCUAUAGCAUCGGAAAGUAAAGAUAAUUGUGCAGGUGAACAGGAGGCAGAAUAGCACUGGUCAAUGAGGACUAAAAGGCAGCUUCCUUGAGGACUUUCUCAUCCACUUGUGUGCCCUCUCCUCGUCUCACUGUCACUCACCUCUCACCGUCCUCUCCACAAGCUGGAAACAUGAAACCACAGUGAGGAGAAAGAUUUUCAUGGAGGGGUUUUCUUUUGAAGAAAGUGAUUUUCUACAGCGGGGUGGAAAGGAUGGACUUCCUGAGGGAAUGCACGGAUGCAUCAGGUCAUUGUUAAACUGGACAGAAAGGAGAGCGUGAGGGAGUCAUGCUGUAUAUAGGUGUAUAAGUCUGCACAGAACACAUGUAGUGUAUAUUAAACGCUAUGUAUUCACUAAUUGCAUGCUUGCAAGCUUAUGACAUACUCCAUCACUCAGUGUGUUGGUGCCAGGUUUUUACCAACAUGAGUGUUAAAGUCAUGUGUUUCCUCUGCAGGUUUAUGAAGCUGUGGAGCCACAAAGUGUUUAUCACAGCAAUUUAAACUGAUACUGAAGAUUUGGACUAAUGGACUUUUGUCCCUCUAAAAAUUGGGAGAGAAAAAUUCAGUCUUUGCAAUCUAAACUUUAUAACUACUAAAAACUACAGAGAAAACAUCCCAACAGCACUGACGCUUAAUGCUUUAAUGCAAUGAUUUAAAAACAAAACCCCCCAGAAUUUAGACAAUUUUUUGCCUGAAAAAUUUGAGGUACAAUUGCCACAAAAUAAUGUAAAAUACAGAAUACAAAACAUAUUUGCCAGUCCAUCGCAUGUGCAGCGCAACAGCAGCUCAUUAUCUCAGAAACCGUUUACCAGCUGGGUGAAAAGGCCACACAUCCAAACAUUUCAAACCUUUUUAACUCGUAGAAAAUGGAGCAGAUUUUAAUGAGGUAUGUGUGAGAACAUGAGAUGAUUUUGGAACGCUUAUGACUGUCUAAAGUUUUUGCACACAAAGAAACACGACAGCAUCACCUUCACACACCAGAAAUAUUCUGUGAAGUCUGCUAAAUGUUUAUUUCACUUCAGGAUGUUAUCAGAUAAAAGAAGAGGGACGCACUAGUUGAAGUGGACCUAUUCUGCUUUUCCUUAUCCUCUGUCAUAUUCAUAGACUGUAAUCAUGGUGGAUGGUCAUAUUAAACAGAGGCCUGCAUCAAGGCCCAGUAUAAUACCCCUUUUCCACCAAAAAGAAGCCAGUCUUGCCUUGGCUCCUUGUGUUAGUACCAAAGGUUGGGUUAAUUUCUGUGGGAAGAAACUCAUAUUGGAUACAAUCUGUUAGCUGCAGCUCUGAGUUAUUGGUGAAUUUAGGCAAGCAGUGCCUCCCAGUCUGUAGUCCACCUCUGAGCGCCACAGACUGUAUAUAAAAAUGAAAAAAGGAUGUAGCCUCUGUGGUUUCAGGACAUUUUGAGGCCUCUACAUUAGUGUUUUAUUCACCUCCAUGUUGGUUUUUCAAGCCAUAAGUGACCACAUUUGAAAGAGAGCAUGGAGAGCUAAAUCUAGCAACCUUGUCCAACAAACUGCAUCCAUAAAC